GUUUCCUCAAAAGCUUUAUGUAGUUACAGUAGUUCGAAGCGGCAGAGGAAGAAGCAGAAGCUACGUGAGGAUAGAUUUUGUGUUUGGUUGGAUCAUCUAGGAAAAUAUGGCGACUCAGAUCAGCAAGAAGCGAAAGUUUGUCGCUGAUGGAGUGUUUUUUGCUGAGUUGAACGAGCUAUUGACUCGGGAACUCGCUGAGGAUGGGUACUCUGGGGUUGAAGUUAGGGUUACUCCCAUGCGCACAGAGAUCAUUAUAAGGGCAACCCGUACUCAGAAUGUUCUUGGUGAGAAGGGGAGGAGGAUCAGAGAACUGACUUCUAUUGUUCAGAAAAGAUUCAAGUUCCCGGAGGGCAGUGUGGAACUCUAUGCUGAGAAAGUUAACAACAGAGGUCUCUGUGCCAUUGCUCAGGCAGAGUCUUUGCGCUACAAGCUUCUUGGAGGCCUCGCAGUUAGGAGGGCAUGCUAUGGUGUAUUGAGGUUUGUCAUGGAGAGCGGAGCUAAGGGAUGUGAGGUCAUCGUGAGUGGAAAGCUUCGAGCACAACGUGCCAAGUCGAUGAAAUUCAAGGAUGGCUACAUGAUAUCCUCUGGCCAGCCCACAAAGGAGUACAUCGAUUCUGCAGUGAGGCACGUUCUUCUUAGACAGGGUGUGCUCGGUAUCAAGGUGAAGAUAAUGCUUGAUUGGGAUCCAAAGGGUAAACAUGGUCCCAUGACACCUUUGCCCGAUCUCGUGACCAUCCAUGCCCCGAAGGAAGAAGAUGUGAACUUCUCCGUCGCUCAGGCUGUUACCCCGUCUACUCUUGAACCGACGAAUAUCGAUAUCCCGGAGAUCCCAGUGGCAUAAGAAGACUUGAUCUUAGUUUUGGGCAUCCUCUCUAUAUAGUAUAAAGUGUUUUGUUUUGCUAUGGAAUUUUGACUGUUUGUAGUAAAAUCUCUAUAUGGUAUAUCCGUGUUGAGGUUGUGAACUUGUUAUGAGAAUAAUCUUUGAGUAUCUCCAUAA